AUUUUAUAACUCCCCUACUUCAAAUAACCUUUAGGAAAGUGCCUUCUUUAAAUGAUCAUCAAAGUGACAUGGAACCAGGGGCGGACUGACAACUCAUGGGGCCCCCGGGCAAUAGGGGAUCAUGGGGCCCCUGUGUCCUCGCCCACAUCCAAAAAAGCCUAUGAAAAAGCCAAUGAAAGGUACCAGGGGCAUCUCAUGGGGCCCCCUACUGACCCCGGGCCCUCGGGCAGUAACCGAGUGCUCAAAUGGUCAGUCCGCCCCUGCAUGGAA